GCCGGUGUAGGGGCUGGUCUGCAUGGUGUAGGGGCUGGUCGUAGCCGGUGUAGGGGCUGGUCGUAGCCGGUGUUGGGACUGGUCUACAUGGUGUUGGGGCUGGUCGUAGCCGGUGUUGGGACUGGUCUACAUGGUGUAGGAGCUGGUUUGCAUGGUGUUGGGACUAGUCUACAUGGUGUUGGGGCUGGUCGUAGCCGGUGUUGGGGCUGGUCGUAGCCGGUGUUGGGGCUGGUCGUAGCCGGUGUUGGGGCUGGUCGUAGCCGGUGUUGGGGCUGGUCGUAGCCGGUGUUGGGGCUGGUCGUAGCCGGUGUUGGGGCUGGUCGUAGCCGGUGUUGGGGCUAGUCUACAUGGUGUUGGGGCUGGUCGUAGCUGGUGUUGGGGCUGGUCGUAGCUGGUGUUGGGGCUGGUCGUAGCUGGUGUUGGGGCUGGUCGUAGCUGGUGUUGGGGUGGGUGUUGUUGGUUGGCCAAUUUGCCUCCUAGAAGGGUGAAACUGGUCGACUUGUCUAGCUAGAACCAGUCUGACCCACAGGGAUGGUCAAGUUGACUGGCUAGAACCAGCUUGUAAAUGUCCAAAACCUUCCUAAAACCACACAAACCGGGCUGAGCAGAGUAAUCACCAAUUUAGUAUUCACAUUUCUUGUGAGACAUUUUUAUAUUAUUCUUAACAUUCAGUUCAUAAAAUUUUACAUCUCACUUUAUUUGUUGAUCUCAUUUAGGCUAUAAACACUCUCGAAGCAGUUCUCAUCGUUUUGUAUUCUGGUGUGGCAUUAUCCCUUCACAAACCAGUAUUUUUUUAUUAGGUCUUAUGAUUUACCUUUUAAAGCCAGUAGUUUGCAGUGUAAAUGUGUGUUGUAGGCUCUCUCCCUCUGUGCUCUGUGCGGCUGCUGGUGCCUCCUUUGCGCCUCAUGUCCGCCUUCAUGUGGCGAGUCGUCCAGCAGCAGAACCUGGAGUAUUUUGACAAGCUCGAAGAGUACAUCCUCCUCAUAACAAGGAUGGUCCCUGAGAUUCUGAGCGAAAGACAGAAGAAUGUGCUCAUUAUGGGUCUGAGAGCAAAGAUGAUUCUUGAAAUGUGCAAAGAUGAGUUACCAACUGAUCUAAAGACCGUCAGGGCACGUCUUCACACAGUCGAGUCUUUCAGUAUGUCCAAGAGCACUGGUUCAGAGGUGGAGGUGUUACAGGGCAGAUUGUUAAAGCUCGUCGUAAGCCUUCUUGAGGACCCGGUUAAAAAGGAGCAUUUCUUUCAGGAGGUGUUUCCACAUGAGUACGGUCCUGAAUUUGACAAAGCAAUGCAGGUCCUAGUUGGCCAUUUUCUCUCCAGAUUGGAACAGCUCCUGCCAGUACCCAACUUCAAACAGGCUGCCCAAUGGCUAGAUACUGAACCCACAGGCUGGGAGGAUUUGGUACAGAUGAACUGUGAUCCGACUGACUUGCUUCCUCUGCUACAAAGUGACCAUCAUAAAAACUUGGAGAGAAAUGGACUCCCUUCUAUUGUGGAGGAAAGAAUCAUCUCGUCUUUGUCUUUCACUUCUUUGACCGAUGAGGUCAUCCCAAGUGAGAGCAAGUCUGAUGAUCGAUCUGAACCGUUCAUUGACGUUAAUGAAACCAGAGAGGGAGAGAUGAAUACUUCUCAAAUGGAAAGUGAGGAUGAACCAUCAACAAACGUUGAAGGGUCUGAGCCAAGCGCAGUGAUCACUGAUCUAGGAAAUGAUGGAGGUGGUGGAGGUGCUGAGGAAUUACCCACUGUAUCGGAGGGUAAUGGUGGACAGGUAGUUAAAGUGAUUGUUCCAAAGCAUCUGUUACCUGCAAUUAAACAGAUCAGCCUGCCGUCUGUUUUACUCUCGCGCUGUACGAGCAGUGAACCAGUUCCACUUAAAGUUGUUCCUGAUUCAGAUACAUCGUCCCCCAUGAAUUCGAGUGUUUCAGAAAAUACCAGAACCUUGCAGAGGAGGCGGCCGAGAGCCACCAAGGAACAGAGUGCUAGUACAGGCAGCUACAAAUGUGUGCCCUGUAAAAUGAGCUUUAAAACACCUUUCCAGGCUUCUGUGCACCAGAAUAAAAGGCACAGGAAGUUAAUUUAUUCCUGCCCCAAUUGUGAAAAGACUUUUGAGUCUAUGAAGGCUUGGACGAAACACCGCACAGAACACAAAGAAGAAAAGCCACAACGGUGUACUGACUGCGGGGAAGAAUGUGCGAACCUGCAAGCUCUAGUGGCUCAUUCCAAAAUCCAUAACCACAUGGUGAGCGAGAGCUUGCCGACUUCUGAGAAAGCAGAGCCUCCUCCAAAACCAGUGCCAGGAGAGUGUAAGUUUUGUGGCGAGACGUUUACUCCAAUAGAGCUGAGAAACCACUUAAAAACCCAUCCAGAGUUCCGACCUCACCAGUGCGACCACUGCGGGAGGUGUUUCGCCAACCUGGGCAACUUGUUAGCUCACAUUUCGAACCACACAGGAGAAAAGCCUCACGUCUGCUUAAACUGCGGCAAGAAGUUCUUCAGCAAGUCGCAGCUUAACUCCCACAUGAAGUUUCAUUCGAAAGAGCGGCCAUACUGCUGCUCUUACUGUGGGAAGUGCUUCCACACUGCUGGGAACCUUAACAUCCACACAAGGAUACACACUGGAGAGAAACCAUAUGCGUGCUUGGAGUGCGGGAAGGCCUUCAACUCGGCCGGGUGUCUGCAGGUUCACCGCCGCUGCCACACCGGAGAGAAACCUUAUCAAUGCGAAGUGUGUGGAAGAGGAUUCAUCGUGUCGAGUCAUCGCACGAUACACAUGAGGUCACACACAGGGGUGCGACCUUUCACAUGCGAAAUAUGCGGCAAGACCUUUGCGAGGCGGAACUGCUGGAGCCAACAUUUGUACAGUCACACAGACUUGAAACCAUUUCCUUGCCCCGUCUGCUCAAAGAGCUUUGUACGCCGUAGCCAUUUGAAGAGACACAUGCAGAGCCACAGUGGUGACCAAAGCAUUGCUGUUUAGAACGAUCUAGAAAGGUCUACAAAAUGCUGUAUAAUUAAUAGCUGUCGAGCCUGUAGGCUCCAGAUUUAUUGUAGAGUUGUUACCAUGAUAAAACUGCUUUAUAGCAAUAAAUCCUGCUUCUUAUUUAUAA